AGCACCACGUGACAGACACAGACCCAAACAUGCCGUGAACCGCUGAGGUCAAACAGUUACUGAUAUUUUACACAUUUAAACCUGUUUAUUGCUUAUUUUUCGGCUCUAAAUCACCUUAACCAUGUCUGUGGUGGGUGUGACUCUGCUGCGGGCUUUCGUGCGUCGCGCUCCGGACUUCACCGCUGCAAACAGCCGCUUCUGCAGCUCGAGCCCCCCCACAACCUCCAGUAAAGAAAAGAAAAAGGCCAAGACCUCCAUCCAGAGACCAGCCCCCAGCCCCACUCACGACUGGAUCGGGCCCCCAAACCCUCUGUCCAACCUGCGUCCCAUCGUGUACAGAGCCCUGGAGACAGAGACGGAGCUGGAGAAGAGACUGAGGGCACUGAGGCAGGACACAGAGGACUGGAACCACGAAUUCUGGGCCAAACAGAACUUCACAUUCACCAAGGAAAAGGAAUUGUUUAUAGUUUCACAACUCAAUGCAAAAGGAUUGUCCCGGCGCGAUCCAGAAGGACGAAGACGCUCCCUGGACAGUGAAGAAAUGGCUGUGUUUUACAAAAGUUUCCUGGACAAAAACAGAAUACGGCACGCAAACUACAACAGAGAAUGGUACAGACGUAACUUCACCAUCACUUUCCUUAUGGCGCGAGUGGUUCUUCAAAACGUCUGGAAGAAUUUAUCGCGAAACAACAAGAAAAGCAGCUCUCCUACGACAUGAAAGUGAAUUAAAACUGCUUAAAUCCUGUUUGUUUAAUUAUCAUUUGCUCAAUAAAUUACUUUAAUAUAAAAGA